AAAAAAGGGGGAGGAUACCCUUUUCUUGAAAGCGUUACCAUGUGUGCAGACUUCGUUCCAAACACACACCCCCACACUCGUUUUCCAAAAAGAAAAAAAAAACCCACACACUGGAUGCUUGGGAACAUCUCGAAGCAAUUUUUUUAUACCACCAUUUUAUUUUGGAGGAAAUUUGGACUUGCACCCUGAUCAAAGUUCAAAGGGACUCUUGUUCAAGGUGGCGGCUGCACUUGUUCAGCUUAGCGUUGAACUUCUCUCGAGUUAACUCCACUAAAACUUAGGAGGACAUGGCAGCGGCGAGGAUAGCGAGGCUGUCGCCCGGCAAAGUUGCCCGUCUGAGUUUGACUCAAAGCCGGUGUGGAGCGUUAGCCGUUAGCGGUGGCCGUGGUGGUGUACCCGCGGUGCGUUCACUGACAUCAUCUCCCCUUGUGUCCGCCAGAGCCAUGUCCGGCCUGAGCGCCACGCGUUGCGGGCUGCCCAAGGAGAGCGUGGCCGAGAACGGAGCCCCGCCGCGGGGCAAAGUACUAACCAUCGACACCAUGAACCCCACCGUGAAGAUGGUGGAGUACGCCGUGCGGGGGCCCAUCGUGCAGCGGGCGGUGGAGCUGGAGAAAGAGCUCUCCGAGGGGAGGAAGAAGCCCUUCCAGGAGGUCAUCAAAGCGAACAUUGGUGAUGCGCACGCCAUGGGCCAGCAGCCAAUCACAUUCUUUCGACAGGUGUUGGCGCUGUGCUCCUACCCUGAGCUGCUCAAUGACAGCACGUUCCCCGAGGACGCAAAGAGUCGAGCGCGCCGCAUCCUGCAAUCCUGCAGUGGCAACAGUAUGGGUUCGUAUAGUGCCAGUCAAGGCAUCGACUCUGUACGUCAGGACGUGGCCCGCUACGUCCAGCAAAGGGACGGUGGCGUGUAUUGCGACCCGGACAACAUUUACCUCACCACCGGGGCCAGCGAUGGGAUUGUGACGAUGCUGAAGCUGCUGGUGUGCGGUGAGGGCGCGUCCCGCACCGGCGUCAUGAUCUCCAUCCCGCAGUACCCUCUGUACUCGGCGGCGCUGGCCGAGCUGGGCGCCGUGCAGAUCAACUACUAUCUCAACGAGGAGGCGUGCUGGAGCAUGGACAUUGGCGAGCUGCAACGGGCUCUGGACGAGGCGCGGAGCCACUGCAACCCCCGUGCCCUGUGUAUCAUCAAUCCCGGGAACCCCACUGGCCAGGUUCAGAACAGAAAGUGCAUCGAAGAUGUCAUCAGAUUUGCCGCCAAGGAGCGUCUGUUCCUCAUGGCUGACGAGGUGUACCAGGAUAACGUGUACGCUGAUGGGUGCGAGUUCCACUCUUUCAAGAAGGUGCUCUUUGAGAUGGGGCCCGAGUAUUCCAACACGGUGGAGCUGGCCUCCUUCCACUCCACCUCCAAAUGUUACAUGGGAGAGUGUGGCUUCCGUGGCGGCUACAUGGAGAUCAUCAACAUGGACGACGAGGUGAAGGCCCAACUAACCAAGCUGGUGUCAGUACGCCUGUGCCCGCCCGUUCCCGGACAGGCACUGAUGGGCCUGGUGGUCAACCCGCCGCAGCCCGGAGAGCCGUCGCAUGAAAAUUUCAUAAAGGAGCGCACAGCUACCCUGAGCGCCUUAGCAGACAAGGCCAGGCUGACAGAGGAGGUACUCAACACCGUGCCUGGCAUCAGCUGCAAUCCUGUGCAGGGCGCCAUGUACUCCUUUCCGCGUAUUAGUAUUCCGGAGAAGGCUGUCAAAGAGGCCACGGGACAAGGCCAACAGCCUGACAUGUUCUACUGCAUGAGACUGCUGGAGGAGACCGGGAUCUGCCUUGUUCCUGGCAGCGGCUUUGGGCAGAAGGACGGCACCUACCACUUCAGGAUGACCAUCCUGCCACCCGCUGACAAGCUGAAGAUCCUCCUGAGCAAAGUGAAGGAGUUCCACCAGAGGUUCACCAAGCAGUACUCCUAAGCCCCCUUGCCUUUCUCGGUCUCACACACACACACAGAGGAGUGUUUAAAGAACUUUUGCCAAAAUCACGAUCCUACUUUUUUUUUUUUUUUUUAAGUGCCUUCACAUUGACUCUUCUUAGUAUCGCACUUACUUCACAUGGACAUUUUCGGACGUCCAAACAAGGACACUUAAACCAAGUUUUUUCAAAAUUGUAGUACUGCAUGGAUGGUGAGUAUGACCGAAGAUGUGCCAAGGUUUUUUUUUUAAAUUAAAACAAAAAAAACAAUGCUGCUUACAGAGACAAACCAUGAAGUAUUCAUUGCUACAGGCUGUGUGUGAUGAGGGAAAUACGCAGAAAAUGUAGUUUGCAUGGCCAAAAAAAAUUCUCCAGCCUUUGCUUGCCGUUUUUAUGUAUUUCACAAGAAAUUAUAAUAUGACAAAAUGGUCAUUUUCCUCGUGCUGUGAACAAUAAAGAAAACAUGCAGAAGGCUGCCAAAAUGGAA